UCGAUAUUUUUUUACAGGUUUUGUCUGUAAGUAACACUCGUAUUCGUACCGUUAGGUUACUUUACUCUGAUGGCCCGAAAUUUUUAUUUCCACUGACAUCAACCCGCGAGUUUUCGACAGUCUGAAAUCUGAAUUACGGAGUGGAAGAGACAUCCUUUAAGGCUUAAGUGUAACUCUGGUGUAGCGCCUGCGACCUCGAGGCAGCUCCACCAUUUACUAGACGACUUCCCCCAAAAUCAAGGAGAAGAUGUAUUUUAUAAUUCGGAAUUAAUACGACGCACAGAACAAUUUAACAAUGUACAGGUAUCGGUAAGGGUUAAUAAGGAGCUAACCAUAAGUUUACGGCUAUUCGAAACGGUUUAUUAACGGCGAAUCGUUUUGAGAGUUCGUGAGAAGCUGUACGGUCAGUUACGGUUUGUUGCAACUUGCAAGACACACUUCGGAGCAGAACCUUCGUCAGCUUCGCUGUCCACAAUGUCCCACGGGCAACAAUUCCUUUCUCGUCUACCACGGAAUGUGUCGUCAAACGGACUGACAAGUGCGCAGGCAGAUAAUGUAAAUGCUGGAUCCCGUCCAACUCACGAAGAUGGAUCAGAAGCUAGGAUAAAAGUUUACCAUCCUCUUCCUCUGGACUUGUUUCCCAGACCAGACCCGGAAAAGGAGAUCGAAGAAUCAGGACGAAGCUCGUGUUUCCGGUUCUACGAUUUGGAAAAAUACAGUAUCGAAGAAGCCACCCGCCUGGCAAGUAUGGACAUUAUACCAAAGGAUGCCGUGGUCACGGUCUGGAACAAACAGGACAUUCGUGCAAUGCGCACAACCCGCGGCAAAUCCAGUCGAUACGAGCCGGCAGCAAAGAAGUCUAAGGUCAGCUUGUCGUCCCCUAAGAUUCUCGCAAUCGGUUCGCCUACUGCCAUGGUCAUGGAGGAGCAGAAUGAAGUGGAAAAGAAACGCAAAAGUGAAUCGGCAGAUUUCCUUGAUGGAAUCCGUAAACGCGGUCGGCCACGUAAAAAUCCCAUGGUUUCCAGUGCAAAUGAGUCGAACGUUACCGGACAACCCAUCGUCUCUCAUUGUCCACCACAGUGGUCCGGCAGCAUCGACCGGAAGUCGUCUGAUGUCAAGUUUACGGUCAAAAGCAGUGGCUUGGGUGAUAAUUUUGGAAAAAUCACUUUCGUCCGGAACCGGCGACAUUACAUGUCUGAAACAACGAAUUCUUUGGAAACUCCCAACUCUUUUGUGGCUCAGCAAUAAUUGUGUUCAGAGUAUCCAAGUCUUCUUGCUGAUGAGAUUUACGUGGUGUAUGUAUUUGGCGGAAAGGAUUUACCGAAGAUAAAAGAAAUACCGUGCUGCGAUCCACUGCAUAUUCCGCAUAUUCCUCAAAACGGACUUCAGCGAUCGGCUCGUGAAGAGAGCCAAUACCUUAAUUAGUAUCAGAGUAGUACAAAUUUAAUGCGUGUCAUUUUUUAAUUCUCAUGGACAUUUUGAAUCUUCUUUUGGUGUCGUUUUGCGCAACCAGUCGACUUUUUAAAUAAUCGACGGAUUUAAUUAUUAUGUAGUUGGAUUCCUUCCUGACUGCAUACCACGAGCCUUCCCUUCAGUCGGUGUGUCUCUUCCCGGUGAAACAACAAACUUUGUGGAGCCAUGCCAGCUGCCACUGGUUAUCGGGGAUUUCCCUUUUCCGGCACGAUGGAUCUGGAUUGCAAAAUCUCGCUCGUUGCGGGCUUCUGUGGGAUGGAUUGCAGUCGUAACAUGAGUUUUUCGAAGAAAUCUGGCGAACCUCCUCCGCGUAUUGGCAACACGGUAGCUGUUCGCGCUCACAACCUUGCUGUGGACGAGCACACGCACCGAGUUAUGCUAUCGUACUGGUUGCCAGACUCAAAUGGAAGUUAUCCGGCUGACAAGACAUCUCAGGAGAUGCACGAUUUUUACAGCGGACAACGACAAGAACAUAACCGAUGCGCACGAUACAGAUUCAAGAACGAUGAUGCUGUCGCUGUCGACCGCGGAUCCUGUUUUGAAGCACAUUUGCGUUGGACACGAGGAAUCUUCCGAGGAUUCUCCGCUCAUAACUGCCUGGUGUACUUGCUAGAUUGUGGUUACGAAGGAGUGUUUCCCAACAACAGUAUCUUCCCACUGCAUGCGAGAUUUCUCAAAGAUCCCGUUUAUCUGGCACAGUCUGCCGUGAAUCAACUGGAUGAUACGGAUGUGGGCGGGAGCAUCUGCCAGAGUCUUCUAAUCCAACUUCGGCACCCCAAAAAUGAAAUUAUGAUCAAAUUCGUGAGGGCCGAUCCGGAGACUGUGGAUGUACUGAUUAACAGGCAUGAACUGGGACUUUUUGUCUGGAUGGAACAGCGCCUUCUCUCUGGCUACACAGUUGCUGAUGGCUUCCGUUUGGAUGUGGGAACAGUCGUUUACGCUCCGAAUGGUCGAAAAGUGUACGUUGUGCCACAUAAAAACUGGCACUGCAUGCAGAAUGUCCACAACGUGGUUAAGCAAGACGUUUCUCGUAACCUGCCGCCAGACCUCAGCAUCGAUGCCGUGAAUGCGGUGACUUACACGGAUGGCUUGGAUUACCGCGGUGUAAUUACUGGUAUAAAAGCCAAAAAAUAUACCGUGCGCUUGAUUGAGUAUGGGAAUGAAUUUGAAGUGAAGGCGGACUUUAUAAGUGGACUGUCUUUGGCGGCUCAGUGCAUUGAAUCACCAGUGAUACAGUGUCAGUUAGCCGAUAUUCCUGAGGAUAAGCUGGGUGAUCAGACUGUGGUCGAAUGGCUUCUGAAGUUUUUAAAAAGUGGAAACAGCGGAGAAAAGAGCUGCGUUUACGAAAUCAGCAGGAAAUCCGAAGAAAUUGCGGUGAUCAAGAUUAAGCUGUGGAGAGACAAUGGUGAAGAUAGCAGCGCGAUCUCCGUGCAUGAUUGGUUUCAUUCAAAGCAAAAUUCAGACGACAGCGGAAUGUGGUCUCCUCAACGAUCCGAAGCCGAAAAGUGUCAGCUGCAAACGGGAUAUCAAAAGCGAUUCGACGAUAUGGCUGAAGGAGCAACAUACAACAUCGGUGACACUAUUUCAGUGCGGACGUGCACGGUUAUUGAUCCUGAAAAUGUUACCCUGUAUAGCGAUAAUCCAAAUUUUGCAGAAUUGUAUUACGAAAUGGCCAUGGAAAUUGAGAACGUUGUCGACCAUUUACCUGAACUAGAUGCCUUACCUCCAAACGGCACAGUGAUUUGCGCACGUUAUUCCCUUGAUGAGAAGUGGUAUCGCGCAUUUAUUAUCGAGUGUGACUCUGCCGUUAGGACGGCGGCCUGGGUGGGCUUCGUGGACUACGGGAAUAUAGAAUUGGUGCAAAAGAAGGAUAUGAAACCACUGACGGAAUCCUUGGCCAGAUAUCCUAGAAUGUGCUUCACGGCUAAAAUUAACGGGAUUCAGCCUCCUCGGCGCAGUCACUACACAACUGAACAUACAAAAAUUGCUAAAAAAAAGUUAAUGGGUAAGCCUUGUAUGUUUCGAAUACUUUCCAUUGAUGGAAGAAUUGUCACGGGAGACCUCUUUCUUGAAGACUCCAAAACUGGUGAUCGUACUACGGUAGCAGAUAUCUUUGUUGAGGCGGGUAUAGCCGCUGCAUGCCACUAGUUUAAAUGACUAACCCGACGGUUUUGACAGUUUAUUUUUCACGGAUGCUUAAUUCAGAUGCUUUUGUUUGUUUGUUGGUGUUUUGCUGGUUGUUUGUUGGUAUUUUGCGUUAGUGAUUUCAUUGGAGAGUCUUCUCAUGCUUUGUUUGUUUGUUAUUUUGCAUGAAUUGGGAGCUCUUGCUGUUGUUUGCAGAGGCUGCAGUUUUAAGUUUAAAGUAAGCACAACACACAGUAAUUGGCAAAGGUUAUUACGUAUUUAGCAGCAUGACUUUUUGCGGGGUUUCUCCGUUUCCGUAUUCACCACGCUUACUGUUUGUGUCUCCUCAGAAAUUUUUUUGUCAUUCGUAUCUAUUAGCCCUAAUUUUACUUUGGUUAGAAUUUCUUUUGCCAUGUAUAGAAAAAGCUCAUCCACAUUCAAAUUGAGUUUGGCGCUUGUUUCGGCGUAAGCCAGUUUCAUUUUUUCGCUGUA